UCCAUACUUUUCAAGCUCUCUAUUUCAACAAAAAGCAGAAAAAUAUUCUUGCAAAUCCCCAAGAAAGCUCUUGAAAUCAAAAGGGUUUUUUGCCUGCCCAUUCUUGGGGAGUCAUUUUUUCAGCUGAUGCUGAUACACCGAAUCCCUGUCCGUCUCAUUCUUUAAUUUCCCCGAAGCAAAUAAACAGAAGGAGAUAAUAGGUGACAUUAAUGUUCGUAAACACAAGGCACUGACCGCACUGUGUGUUGAUUUAGGCAAGGCGGGUUUGAUUAGUUGGUGGGGUUUGCAUACUAUUUUGCAAAGAAAAAAAGCACGGUGGGCAUUGCUUGAAAGUGGAUAGGGUUUAGUGGGUAUUUUCCAUUUUUUGCUAUAAACCAGCCAAGCAAGACAAAUUAAGGUAAGGGAAGGGAAAGAAAAAAAACCAAAUCUUUCAGGAGUUGUUCAGAAAGUUUCUCCCCUCAAAGAUGUUGAUUUCCUUGAUGCGGAUUGUUUCUCCCUCUUCGGAGCUAUCAAGCGGAUUCUUGGAUCCGUCUGGGUUUUUCAGGAGGAAUAAGAGUUUGAUGUGCAAUGGUAGGGUUAAGAGGGAUAAGAAACAAAGACAGAACUUAGCAUCUUUUUCGAUGGGAGGGUCGAGCUUAAAGAGAGGAGAAAAAUUGUAUGCACUCUCGAGUGCUGUGGCUCAUCCAGCCGAGGAUGUGAUGAUGUCAUCUGAGCAGAAGGUGUACGAUGUGGUGCUGAAGCAGGCUGCUUUGGUCAAGAGGAAAUUGAGAUCCAGAGACGAUGAUUCGGGGGUGAAGCCAAAUAUCGUUCUUCCAGGACAUUUGGGCCUUUUGGACGAAGCUUAUGAUCGCUGUCGUGAAAUAUGUGCAGAGUAUGCAAAGACUUUUUAUUUAGGGACCCUGUUAAUGACAUCUGAGAGAAGAAGAGCUAUUUGGGCAAUAUAUGUAUGGUGUAGGAGAACAGAUGAACUUGUUGAUGGGCCUAAUGCAUCCCAUAUAACACCGUCUGCCCUAGACAGAUGGGAGACUAGGCUGGAUGAUGUUUUUAGAGGGCGCCCGUUUGACAUGCUUGACGCUGCCCUCUCAGACACUGUCUCCAGAUUCCCCAUUGAUAUUCAGCCCUUCAGAGACAUGAUUGAAGGAAUGCGCAUGGACCUCAGGAAGUCAAGAUACAGCAACUUCGACGAGCUGUAUCUUUACUGCUAUUAUGUGGCUGGAACUGUGGGUUUGAUGAGUGUUCCUGUGAUGGGGAUUGCUCCCGAAUCGACUGCGACUACAGAGAGUGUCUACAACGCUGCUUUGGCUCUGGGCAUUGCCAACCAGCUGACUAACAUCCUCAGGGAUGUAGGCGAGGAUUCGAGACGUGGGAGGGUCUAUUUACCUCAAGAUGAACUUGCCCAAGCGGGACUUUGUGACGAUGACAUAUUUGCUGGAAAAGUUACUGAUAAGUGGAGGAACUUCAUGAAGAAGCAAAUUGAGCGAGCGAGGAAGUUCUUUGACGAGGCCGAGAGUGGAGUGACCGAUCUUAGCUCUGCCAGUAGGUGGCCGGUGUGGGCGUCGCUGCUGUUGUACCGCAAGAUAUUAGAUGAGAUUGAAGCAAAUGACUACAACAACUUCACGAGGAGGGCUUAUGUUAGCAAGCCGAAGAAACUUCUUUCAUUGCCCAUUGCAUAUGCAAAAGCACUUGUUCAACCAUCAACAACGCCUUCCCAUCUGGCAAGAACUUGAACCAGAACCAUGGAAAAUCAAUUUCAGAAGUGCUCCUCUAUCAGUAAGCUAUAUAAGAAUAUUUUCAGGUAUAAAAGUAGGCAGUACGUGGUGGACUAGUAAUAUACGGAGUAUGAUUAUGGCUUGUGCUGGGAUUAAAAGGUCUUUUCUGCUAAAGCUGGCGCUGUAAAAAUUAAUGACUCAUUGUUACUGGGUAUUUGUUUGGUCAUGUAUAAAGGGCAUGCUUAGGAUAAUGAAUUAGAGCUUGUUCUCUUCAACUUACUUACGUAGUAUUACUUAUUCUUAUUAGAAUCAUAUUAUGCCAGACUAGAUUAGAUUAAAUCACAAGUAGCUUUACUAAUAUCAGAGGCUCUACUCCAAUCCCAGUGAAUCUAUACAGAAUUCGGACGCGACUCCUCCGGGAACCAGGCAGCCUGGAAGAAGAGUACACGGUGGUCACCUGCCGGCGCAGCCUAAAAGGAUUGCUGCGUCACUUCUCUCCAUACCUUCAACGGAAGCAACCGCGAAUCCUCCCAGAUCCAGUUCAAGAGAUACAAAGCUUCGGAUCCGGGUUCGGAUCUGGUCAUCUCAAAAAAAAAUGGAUCUAAGAAGAAAUGAAAGGCGAGAUGAUACCCAUAAUUCAAUUCUUCAACUGUUAACACUGAUGAAGGCGGAGUACUUGUGAUAUCUUUACAAAAAAAUA